GCCGCCCUCCCGACUCCUCCUGCCGCGCCCCGCGCGGAACUCCGAAAGCAACGCCGAGCGCGGUUUGAUCGGCGCAGCCGAGGCCCAAGAGCAGGCGGGGCGAGCGGCUCGCGGUGCAGAUUCUUCUUAAUCCUCUGAAGACUCUGGGAAACAGGAUGGCUGCAAAUAAGCCCAAGGGUCAGAAUUCGUUGGCCUUACACAAAGUCAUCAUGGUGGGCAGUGGUGGUGUGGGCAAGUCUGCCCUGACUCUGCAGUUCAUGUACGAUGAGUUUGUAGAGGACUAUGAGCCUACCAAAGCAGACAGCUACAGGAAGAAGGUCGUGCUGGAUGGCGAGGAGGUGCAGAUCGACAUCUUAGACACCGCGGGGCAGGAGGACUACGCCGCCAUUAGAGACAACUACUUCCGAAGUGGGGAGGGCUUCCUCUGCGUCUUCUCCAUCACAGAGAUGGAGUCCUUUGCAGCCACAGCUGACUUCAGGGAGCAGAUUUUAAGAGUAAAAGAAGAUGAGAAUGUUCCAUUUCUCCUGGUUGGUAACAAGUCAGAUUUAGAAGAUAAAAGGCAGGUUUCUGUAGAAGAAGCAAAAAACAGAGCUGACCAGUGGAAUGUUAACUACGUGGAAACAUCUGCUAAAACUCGCGCCAACGUCGACAAGGUAUUUUUUGAUUUAAUGAGGGAAAUUCGAGCCAGAAAGAUGGAAGACAGCAAAGAAAAGAAUGGAAAAAAGAAGAGGAAAAGUUUAGCCAAGAGAAUCAGAGAAAGAUGCUGCAUUUUAUAAUCAAAGCCCAAACUCCUUUCUUAUCCUGACCAUACUAAUAAAUAUAAUUUAUAAGCAUUGCCAUUGGAGGCUCAAUUGACUGAAAUUACUUUAACAUUUUGGAAAUUGUUAUGUAUCACUAAAAGCAUGAAUUGGAACUGCACUGGAAGUCAAACUCACUUAAAAAAGAAAUUGUGUGGCUUCACCAGGAAGCUGAGUUCAACUUAUUUCAUAAUUGCCUACAUUUAUCACAGUCCUGAAUGUAGCGUGUAAGCUUGUUUUGUUUUGUUUUGUUUUG